CGUCUGCCCCUCAGGAUGAGCUUGGAGGACCUCUGCACCCGACACCGCACGCCUGAGCUGCCGGCGGAGCUGGGUGGAGGGCGUGCAGUUCGGGGCAUGGGACCCCCAGAAGGGCCGUGCCGGCGGCUGCCUGAAUCACCGGGAGACCUUCCUGGACAACCCGCAGAGCUCCAGAUCCCGGCUGAAGCAGCAGCGCCCUUGGAGCCGGAGCCGGCCGCCGCCGCCGCCGCCCAGAGACUGCAGCGCCUGGAAAGAUGCAGCGAGCAAGAGUGCUGUGUUUGCCUGGAGGAGUAUCAGAUCUGCCAGCCCUGCAACCUCUCGGCCUGGGCGAAGGAAUCCGUCACCCUGCCCUGCACCUUCUGGCACAGCUGGCAAGGCGCCCCAGAGAAGAUCCGGGUCUCCUGGCGUUUUGCAGACUUCCACGGGCCCUUCUUCUUCAACACUACCCAGAAUUACAUCCACUCAAAUUUCUCAGGACGGGUCUCUCUGGCCGGGGACCCCUCCCAGGGGAACGCUUCGAUCCAAAUAGGUGACCUGAAGACGUCUGACCCCCAGCAGUAUUUCUGUCGCAUCUCUGUGCAACUGGCUGAGGGUCAAAAGGAAUUUCAGUGCAUCCAGGGGACCCGCCUCACCAUCCAGGAGGAGAGACGCCCCCCAGCCACAGAGGCCCCACCCCAGCUGCCGCCCUCCGGCAGUCUCCUGGGCGCUCUGGCAGGAGCCAUCCUCACGGCGGCCGCAGCUGUUCUGGGGCUGUUGAUAUUCCUCACCUGGAGGAAAGGUUGUGGCCCGAAGUGUCCCAGAAUGAGGAGAGUGGUGCGCAGAGGCGAGGAGCAGGAGGAGGAGGAGGCGGCGGCAGACGGCGGCUCCCAGCUUGGGCUGCCAGACGCGGGAGCCGGGGCUGCCCCCCCGCGGCCUCCAUCGUGCCCGCCCCCCACGUCUGGGGAGCCAGGCCUGCUCUAUGCUACCUUGGCCUUCUCAGGCGCUCCUGGGGCUAAGAAGAGGCCCUUGGAAAUGCCCAGGACGGAAGAGGUCACGUAUGCCGGCAUCGCCCGGCACUGAGAGAGGCCGGGAUCCCUUCACCUCCGCCGCCGCCCCAGGCGUGGACAGUGAGACCCUUUGCUGCCGCUCAGCCUUGGUGCGCAUGCAGGAGGGUGCUCAGACUGUCCGGCUUCACAGGGCUGUGGCCAGAAUAGCUGAGAUAAUAAACACCCAGAGCUGGAGUCUGGGGGGAACCAGA